CUUAUCAACGGUUCUAAGCUAUUUGAAGUUUUCAUUUUUCUGGGGCAGCUAUCCAACUGGGAGAUCAAGAAGAAAGUCAAUUGAGUAAGCAACUUCACUACUUAGGAGCGAUGUUGAUUCCACUCAAUCUCACGCGAUCUGCUUAGAAGAGAAGCGAAUAAACUAUGUUUAAAAGAGGAAAUAAAUCACUUUUUCUAUGGCGAUCAGUUCGGAACUAUCAGUUACCUGGUGUUGUUGCACUUCUGGGGUUAGUCAUCUUUGUUGCUUUGCUAUAUACUCUAUGCAUUGGGGAAAAUUCGGCCUCAGAUAAAAGCAAUAAUGAUCAUGCAACAGAAAGGGUUGAUUAUCAAGUGCUUCCCAACCCGACUGUUGAAAUUGUAAAGGAAACACAAGUCAUUUGGCAAAUACCAUCUGAUCCUAAAGCCGUUCUUUUAAUAGCUCAUGGGUGUGGUGGCAGUGCCCUUAACUUUUGGGACAGAUGCCCUGGGUGUCCAAAUUGUGUAGGGUUGCCUGAAGAAAAGCAAAUCGUUCUUGAUGCUCUUGCUGAAAAAUUUUCUGUUAUUGUCAUUACAAGCACUGAUGUUUGUUGGUCAUACGGAAAAGAUGGGUUAAGGGUGAAAGAAAUCAUGACAUGGUGGCUAGAAAAGCAGGAUUUAGUGAAAUUUCCGCUAGUUGGUUUAGGGGCUUCUUCUGGUGGUUAUUUUCUAUCUGUGCUUGCAACGGAGGUAAGAUUUAGGGGAAUUGUUCUUAUGAUUGCUUGCGGACUGUUUGAUAAGAUGGAUAGCAUCCCAGACAACUACCCUCCUACACUGUUUGUGCACAUGCCUAAGGAUGUCAAAAGGGGAAGGAGGAUUAACAGACACAUUGAGAUGUUAAGAAAGAAGGGUGUUGAAACUCGGGAGAUCAAGUGCAUUGAAUUUCCGGUAACAUCACAUUGGUUAGGUGAUAGAGUUGAGGGCUUAAACCAGACCACAUCAUCCAGGUUAUUUGAACUGUUCCGCAGCAGAGGUUUUAUUGAUGCCAAAGGGUAUAUGAAAAAUGAUGGACGUGUGACUCCUUGGAGAGAAGCCCUGAAGCAAAGCGACAUUGUUUUGCCAUACGGAUCUAAAUUUAUGCAUCACAUUGAAGAAGAGCUGAAUCUGGCUUAUGCAUAUCAUGAAAUGACAAGCUUGCAGUCAGAUCAAAUCUUUGAAUGGCUUAAAACCCACCUUUAGAUUCUAGUCAUGAUUUAACAUUUAACAUUUUAUUUUCUUUCUUUGUUCAAACUUUCGCUUAGAAGCUCUGUACCUACAUAUGAGAUCAUAACUUGCUAGAAAAUUGAGUGAUGCGGUAUCUUUUGGCUUUUGGGCAUAGUGAACUAUAUUAACAUGAUUAUAUUGAUUCAACCGUAUGUGUUUCUUUUAUUAUGAAGUGAAGUAAUAGACAAUAGUUGGUUUGUUGGGUUGAAGUAAUUGUCGAUUUGAAACCACUUUGUCGCAGAGGCAAGGUUUUUUAUAUUGCACCUCCUUAUUGAUCCAAGGGCAGGAGCUUAUCUAGAGGCAUUGGGUAUGGACUUAAUGCAUUAUUGCUGAUAAUUAUGGAAGU